GACUUCGACCCCAUCCCGAAGAGCACCACAACCACCAUCGCUACCUCGGAGCAGAGCACGGAGUCCUGCGACACCAGCCCCGACGUCAUCUCCCCCACCACGAGCCAGGAUUUUGAGGAUUUAUCCCAAGGCCAGUACGAUUUACCGGCCGUGAACGGACAGAGUCUCACAGACGAGGACACGGCCAAUGGCCUGGACUAG